AUGGAUCUUCUCACAACUCGACCGCGACAAGAACGGCAGCGUAUCGAUGGAGAAAUCCAAGUCUUCGUCCCAUUCGACGUCGGCGACAGUAUCGACAUGACAGGGCAAGAAUUCGAAGUCGUACGCAUAUCUUUACUCUACACUGUCUUCCGCCGCAUCGAACCCGACACCAUCGUCCAAGUCGCCAACUCGGUCGUCGGAGCCUUAUUCAUCGAUAACGUCUCCCGCUCAGACGCCAUGCGCGAACGAUAUCAAUUCUCAACACCUGAAAAUUGUCGUGAUUUUCAACCGGAUGUCGAUAUUCAACUCGUUUCGCUGGCGGAUCUUAAACAACUUGAUCUGCGCGUCGAUAUCAAGCAUAAAUCCAACUGGGCGAAUGAUCAGUUACGCGCUUAUCGGAGGUCCAAGUUUUUGUAUGCUUUGCUUUCUGCGACGCGCAAGGUCCCCAUUUAUAGCCCGGCCGGCGCGGGGCCGGAUAGAGGGUCGAUGGAAGCACCUAAUUAUAACGUUCCUAUUGCCAUGGAGCUGGCUCAGAAUGCUCGCCAGAAGUGGGAUCGAGAUCAGGAGGGACGGAGGUUGAAGAGACCCGUUCGCGACGACGACUACGUCCCGAACGUCGCUAAUGUCCCUGACAUCUCUAUUCCCCUGAGCCAGUUUAGAGAUAUUACCCAGUCUGAGACGUGGAUUCUUGCACGAAGAAGAAGGUUGUCUCAGUCGCUCCGCAGCGUAUCUGAGACAUGGCGCCCAAAGAUCCGAUACUCGUCAUGGAAUCUUAUCGUCUAG